AUGAAUUGCUUAGAAAUAAAUACUUUAAAGGAUUGGUUUGAAUAAGUAGUUAACAAUUAAAGACCUGUCGUAGUUAGUUUUUUUGCAGAUUGGUAUUUAGUCAAACAAAUAAAAUUUAGGUGUGCCCCAUGCCUCAAACUCAAUCCAUAAUUAAUUUAAGAAGCUGAAAAGAAUACUGAAAAAUGGUAGUUGGUUUUGGUUAAUGUGAACAAUGAUGAACUUUAUGACGUGGUGCAAUAAUUUGCGGUAUAAGUUAUAUUUGAUUAUUAUUAGAAAGCUUAAGUUCCAUCUGUAUGUUUAUUUAACAUGGGAACUCAAAAAGACUUAAUGACAGGAUAUAGUGAACGUAAGAUUAAGUCUUUUUUAGAAAAGAUUAGAAGCUGA